AGAGGAUAAGAUGUUGGUUUUAUAAAAUUAAUUAUUUAUUUAUUGAAUGUUACUCUUCAAUUUAAAUAUGUUUCUUUUUUCUUGCAACAUGCAUGUCUGUAUGCCACGGUACGGUGGGAUAGUUUAAUGGAUCACACAUUAUUAUCUACAGAUAAUAUUUCUUUGAAAAAUAUUAUUGAAGAAUGUAAAGAAAAUUCUGUUCCUUUAACCACCGUGUCAUUGGCUAAUGUUCAAUUGCAACAAUUUAUCACAAUGGAAGAUCGCAUACCAGAUGUAGAACUGGUCAAUCAAGAUCAGUCUCUUCAUCAUUUAUCUAAUAAUACAACGGGUAUGACUAUAACUUCUGGCAAUGUUGUAAUACAAAAAGACAGCAGUAAUCUUAUAGGCAUUAGUAUUGGAGGAGGAGCACCCUUAUGUCCCUGCUUAUAUAUUGUACAAAUUUUUGAUAAUACACCAGCAGCAAUAGAUGGUACUUUACAAUCUGGAGAUGAACUUGUAGCAGUAAAUGGAACAUCAGUCAGAGGAAAAACAAAAGUAGAAGUUGCAAAAAUGAUACAAUCUUGUGAUUCUCAAGUCAGUAUUAAUUAUAAUAAAUUACAUGCUGAUCCUAAACAAGGUCGUACUCUUGAUAUUGCUUUGAAAAAGGUAAAACACAGGUUAGUUGAAGGAAUGGGAAGUGCAACAGCAGAUGCGCUAGGGUUAUCACGUGCCAUUCUUUGUAAUGAUGCUCUUGUACAACGAUUAAUGGCAUUACAACGUACAGAAAAUUUGUAUAGAGGUUUAGUUUCUCAUGCUAAAGCUACUUUACAUGCUUUUUUUGAUCUGAUACAAAUAUAUAAAGUAUUUGGAGAUGCCUUUGCUGCAAUAGGAGUAAGAGAACCACAACCACGAGCUAGUGAAGCUUUCAGACAAUUUGGUGAACAACAUAGACAAAUGGAAAAAUUUGGAAUAACAAUUUUAAAAACUUUAAAACCUAUAUUAAAUGAUCUAGGCACAUAUCUUCAUAAAGCUAUUCCCGAUACUCGAUUAACUAUUAGCAAAUAUGCUGAUGCAAAGUUUGAAUAUCUUUCUUAUUGUUUGAAAGUAAAAGAACUAGAUGAUGAAGAACAAAGUUAUGCAGCAUUACAAGAACCUCUUUAUCGAGUAGAGACAGGAAAUUAUGAAUAUCGUUUAGUAUUGAGAUGUCGACAAGAAGCUCGAGCAAAAUUUGCUAAACUUAGAUCAGAUGUACUUGUAAAACUUGAAUUAUUAGACAAUAAACACGUUCAAGAUGUUGUAUGGCAAAUGCAAAAAUUUGCAGCUGGUUUAGCAAAAUAUUAUUCUAACACACGAGACUUAUUAUCUGCAAUAAUGUUAUUUCCUGUUGAAGUUGAUUUAUCACAUUCAGCAUUUCAAUAUAAAUCCACUGGUCCUCAAGUAAUAACUGAUGGAGAAGAUAUAGAUGAAUUUGAAUCAGAAGAAAAAACAAAUAUAAAUGAAGAUUUACUCAUAGAUACACAGAAUUUUUCACUCAUAACUUCAGAAUCUAAUAAUAUGUAGCAAUAUAUUCCUUUUGCAAAGGAUUUUAAUAAUUAUUGUGCUCUUUUAUUAAAAUUUAAUCAAAUGAUAUUACAGUGAAA